AUGGCGGUGGCCCCGGCGACGCCCUCGCGACCUCUCCGACGGCCGUCCCUCGGCGGCGCUGGCGGCAAGCAGGGCGCCGUGUGGACCGUCACGUCGUCGGCGUCCUCGGCGUCCGGAAGCGUCCCCCACACCACGGGCACCAGCACCUUCCUGCGCGGACUGCGGCCCGCGGCCCUGCUGGCCGAGGGCUUCGGGCUGCUCCCUGUGGCCAAGUCCUCGGACGACAACGAGGCGGUGUUCCGGUGGCGGUCGCUGCGCGUCGCCUACUCGCUGAUCAUCAUCCUGGGCUCCUUCGGGGAGGCCGUGCUCUCGCUCAUGCGCAUGGCGGAGACGGGCGUCACGUUCUUCACUUCCGUGAACGUCAUGUUCUACUCGACGUCCCUGGCCACCUCGCUGGUAUUCCUGCGGAUGAGUGUGUCCUGGAGGGACACUCUGGCCACGUGGUGCAAGCUGGAGCGCUUCAUGACGUCCUACAACGGCGAGCCGUCGCGCCUCGUCGCGCAGAUGAAGACCAUGACCUUCGUGGUGCUCGUCCUGGCUCUUCUUGAGCACGUGCUGUCCAUCGUCAGCACGGUGUCGUACGUCUGGCCGUGCUUGGACCGCGGAGGCACCCCUCUGCUCAUCGAGGCGUAUUUUCUCACCAAGUAUCAGAAAACGUUCACCACGUUCAGGUUCUCGUUCCCGCGUGCCAUUUUCCUGUUCACGCUGCAAGUCAUCACGACGUUCAUCUGGAACUUCUCCGACCUCUUCAUCAUCCUCGUGUCCAUGGGCAUCGGCGCCUACUUCCGCCAGCUGAACCGGGCCAUGGAGAGGAGCAAGGGCAAGAUCAGGCACGAGGAGUUUUGGCGGCAGAAGAGGGAGGUGUACAACGCCUUGUCCAUGCUCACCAGGAUCACCAACGAUUACGUCGGGCCCGUGGUCCUCAUCUCCUACGCUUCCAACUUGUACUUCAUUUGCCUGCAGCUGCUGGUGGUCACCAAAAGGCCGCCGCGCACCACGCACCUGCACGACGUCUACUUCUUCUACUCGCUCGUCUACCUGAUCGGCCGGACCUGCGUGAUGGCCCUGAUCGCCGCCGACGUCUACCAGGAGAGCCAGAAGCCCCGGUCCACGCUGUUCUGCGUGCCCACGACCAGCUUCUGCCGCGAGGUGCAGCGCUUCCUCAUGCAGGUCAACACGGACUCGAUCGCGCUGUCCGGAUGCAACUUCUUUUCCAUCGACCGUUCUUUCAUGCUCACGGUGGCGGGCACCAUCGUCACCUACAUCGUGAUCCUGGUGCAGUUCGAGAGCCCCACGAGCGUCGAGCAGGGCGCCACUGCUGGCACGAACGUCACCGUCUUGGCCUGUACGUGCAGCGACAUCAAGAAAUUCGACUGCUGACGGAAAAGAUGCUUUUAAGAUUUGUAAAUAAUAUAUUAGUCAA